CUUCGGUCCACUGAUGAUCGGCAAGGGUAAGCACACAAUGCGUGCGUGUGUGUGUUGUUGCAGUUGCAUGGGAGUGUGCGAAACAGGCGCCGGAUAAAGCUAGAUAACGAUGAAAAUGGCACGAGAAGGCAAAACGUGCGUGACUUAGGAAGGCGUUAGACUGGCUGAGGAAUUGAUGAUAAUGGGGCUUUUGUGUGUGUGUGUGUGUUUGGGUAUGUGUCCGCGCGUUAGAGAGUCGAUUUGCCGUUACGAUUCGCCUUCCAGUUCGCAGUUCAUCAGCAAGCGUCGUACGGUGUUGUUCGUUCGUUCGGUUGUUCUUGGCGCGCGUCGUUGUUGCUCGGUAACACCCCAUCCCCAUCCGUCCGCAGAGUCAUGGCCUCCUAUCUGGAGGAUUUAGUCGACUAUUUUCUCAGCAGCUCGGCGCUUGUAACCUACUGGAACUACAUCUUCCCCGUGCUGGUGGGACUGUACCUGGCGAUCUCCCUGUACGACAAGCAUCGGUACGGACGGAACAAGAAGCUGAGAAUUACGGAACCGGCUGCAGCAGAGAAGAAUGGCAGCAAGCUGGACGGUAUCGAGUAUGUUGGAGAUCUGGAACAUGCUGACUACGACCCACUUCCUGCACUGGAGGAGAAACCACACGUCCCGUACGCCGGUGCAACGGUCACACUAGCCCAGGACCCAUUAGAGGCAGCCGAACGGUUCUACGCCAUCGCCAACAAUCGGCGCAGUGUGCGCAAGUUUAGCUCCCGCCCGGUGGAUGUGGCCAUCGUGGAGCGGUGCAUCCGGGCGGCCGGUACGGCGCCAAGCGGUGCCCACACCGAACCGUGGACCUUCUGUCUCGUGUCGGAUCCUUCGAUCAAGGCGAGCGUGCGCGAGAUCAUCGAGGCCGAGGAGUUCGUCAACUACACGCAGCGAAUGGCCAAACAGUGGGUGACCGAUCUGCGGCCCAUUCGUACGAACCACGUGAAGGAGUACCUGACCGAGGCGCCCCAUCUGGUGCUGGUGUUCAAGCAGACGUACGGCUACAAGGUGGAUGGGGACGCCACGGCCAAGAAGCAGCACUACUACAACGAAAUAUCGACCUCGAUCGCGACCGGCAUGCUGCUGUGCGCGUUCCAGUGUGCCGGGUUGAGCUCGCUCGUUACCACGCCGCUCAACUGUGGCCCUGCCCUGCGCACCCUGCUCGAGCGGCCACCGAACGAGAAGCUGCUGGUGCUGCUGCCCGUAGGCUACCCGGCAGACGACUGUACCGUGCCGGAUCUGCAGCGGAAACCGCUGGAAGACAUCCUGGUGCGCUAUUGACGAUGAAAACCGGCAAGCGCUCUCUUUCUCUCUUUCUUUCCGUUGGAAGCGGUUGUUACUGAAAUGGAAAGCGAUAGGGAGGUGCACCGGUGCACGACGGACCGAAUGCACAGGCCCUGAGAAGGUGAUAAAGCUGGAUAAAAGCGUACGAUAAGAGCUGCUGUGCUAAUAUCCGCUGGAUUAGUGGACAGUGCCGCGGCUAGCAAUAAACAAAAACCAGCUGCAAUUUCCCGUCCAAGAAAGAUAGCAAGCGAUUUUGUGGUCAGUUUGAAGAUAAAGUUUUAUUUUGUGUAUAAAUAAAAUCAAUUUACUCGUA